UUGUAAAAUUUAAUUUAAAAAAGAAAAAAAAGAAAAAAGAAAAAAAGAAAAAGCUCAGAGAAGCUUCAGACUGUUUCUUCUUCUUCUUCUGUCUCUGUCUCGGAGCUUUUCCUUGCAUUUUGGUGGUCCUUGCUCUCUGGCAUUAAUCUUUGAUAAGGAUUAACUUUUCAAGAGAGGGAAAGUGGAGCUCCGAUUCGAUCGCAGCAAAGACAAGAGUUUUGUAGAGCUUAAGCUUUAUCGGAAUCUGGAUCUUCGGUUGGAUCGGGUGUGAGAGAUGAACGGGGUGGGGAGGCAAGGGCAGAGAUCUGGUGCGGCGGGGGUGCACCACCAGCGCCAGUACUCGGACAACUUUCUGGAGACGUCGUCCAAUGGGCGCUGGCUCCAAUCUGCUGGUCUUCAGCACCUCCAUUCCUCCAACCCUUCAAUCCCUCCACUCCAGCAGGACUAUGGAUUCUAUGGUGGUGGUGGAGGAGGCGGCCAGGGGUCGAGGAUGUACAGGAAUGCGCAGUUGGAGCCUUCAACGCCUCCGGGUAAUUCGCGGGCGAGGAAGAAUGGUGAAAGCUCCCCCAGUGAGUUCAGCCCUGGACUCUUGGAUCUGCAUUCUUUCGAUACCGAGCUUCUUCCUGAGAUGACAGUCCCUGGUCUGUUCGACGGUGCUUCUAUGUAUCAUCCUGUCCGUGGCAGAAGCUUUGAUGACUCUGAACCCUACAUUUCAAACAACAAACAAACCGGCAGAACUCGUGGUUUGCCGGAAAGCAGCCUAUUGAAAAGCUUUGCUGCAGAUAAAGAGAAAACCAGUUCAGUAGCAAAGAUAAAAGUUGUGGUGCGCAAGAGACCACUUAAUAAGAAGGAAUUAGCAAAGAAUGAGGAAGAUAUUAUAGAGACGGUUUCCAAUUCUCUAACUGUUUACGAGACUAAGCUUAAGGUUGAUCUCACAGAAUACGUAGAGAAGCAUGAGUUUGUUUUUGAUGCAGUGCUGAAUGAAGAGGUCUCAAAUGAUGAGGUGUAUCGUGAGACUGUUGAGCCCAUAGUUCCAAUAAUUUUUCAACGCACAAAAGCAACUUGCUUUGCAUAUGGGCAAACAGGGAGUGGAAAAACUUAUACAAUGAAGCCUUUACCACUUAAAGCUUCACGUGAUAUCUUGAGGCUGAUGCACCACACUUACAGGAAUCAGGGAUUUCAGUUGUUUGUGAGUUUCUUUGAGAUAUAUGGAGGAAAACUUUUUGAUCUCCUCAAUGACCGGAAAAAACUUUGCAUGAGAGAGGAUGGGAAGCAGCAAGUUUGCAUCGUUGGUUUGCAAGAGUACAGAGUAUCAGAUGUGGAAACAAUUAAAGAACUCAUUGAGAAAGGAAGUGCCACGAGAAGUACUGGAACAACAGGUGCAAAUGAGGAAUCCUCCCGUUCACAUGCUAUACUUCAGCUUGUUAUCAAGAGGUCAGUUGAUGGCAGUGAAUCAAAGCCACCUCGUGUUGUUGGAAAGCUCUCCUUUAUAGAUCUUGCCGGAAGUGAACGUGGUGCAGACACUACAGAUAAUGAUAAACUAACAAGAAUGGAAGGUGCUGAGAUCAAUAAGAGCUUACUUGCAUUAAAGGAAUGCAUUAGAGCUCUAGACAAUGACCAGGGUCAUAUACCUUUCAGAGGCAGCAAAUUAACUGAAGUACUGAGGGAUUCAUUUGUUGGUGACUCACGCACUGUUAUGAUAUCAUGCAUAUCACCAAGCUCAGGAUCAUGUGAACAUACUCUGAACACAUUGAGAUAUGCUGACAGAGUGAAAAGCCUUUCGAAAGGAAACAAUCCUAAGAAGGAUGUAUUAUCGUCAACCAUCAACCUUAAGGAAUCAACUACUGUACCCUUGUCUUCAGUUCCUGCAUCCAACUUUGAGGAUGAAGUAUCUGAUUCAUGGCCUGAACAAACUGAAAGAGAUGACUUUGAUGCAUCUGAAGAGUCUUAUGAGCAAGGAAAACCUUUAUGGAAGAGGAAUGGGAAGCUAGAGCCAUCCAAUCUCUCUACUGCAGAAGACAAAAUAAGGAAAACCAACGGUCAUACUAAAUGGAAGGACCUGCCAAAAGUUGAAUCCAAGAACUCGCAUUUGGAUGAUGAUCUGAAUGCCCUCUUACAGGAGGAGGAAGAUCUUGUAAAUGCUCACCGAAAACAAGUGGAGGAGACUAUGAAUAUUGUUAGAGAGGAGAUGAACCUGCUGGUUGAAGCUGAUCAACCAGGGAAUCAACUGGAUGAUUAUAUUUCUAGAUUGAAUGCCAUUCUAUCCCAGAAGGCUACAGGCAUCCUGCAACUACAAAAUCGUUUGGCUCAUUUCCAGAAGCGUCUGAAGGAGCGUAAUGUCUUAGUAUCGACUUCUGGUUACUGAUUUCAUUUGGAAGAGCAUAUGCUAGUAAAUUCUACUGGGUCAUGCUUUAAGAAUAUAAUUGCAUGGUCCGUGUGGCUCAACAGUGGGGCUAUGCUUUUUUGUUUUUUUUUUUUCCCAAGUGGAGCAUUAUUUGAUAUGGCAUCUCAUGUUGGCAGUAUGCUAGCUUAUUCAUGAGUCAACAUGAAUCUUUGGUUGCAGUUUUCCUUUGACUAUGGGCCAGUUUGUCUUUCACAGUAUAUUAUUGGCUAAAUUUUUUUUUUCCACCCAUAAGCAAGCUAUAGACAAAGUAUUGGAUUCAUACGCCAACUGGCAUGCUACUGUAAAGAUUUAAAGCAUUGUAAUUUGAUUAAUUAAUUGACUAGUUCUUGUUGGACUGCC